GGAACACGUGUUUUGUUUUCGUGCUGCCGCUGUGAGUCCUGACAACGUGUGAGAUUCUGUGUUAGCGCGGAUCGUCAAACAACAACCAUGGGGAAGAAGCUGAAAGUCGGAAAGACUCGAAAAGAUAAAUUCUACCACUUGGCCAAAGAAACAGGUUAUCGUUCGCGUUCCUCCUUCAAACUCAUCCAGCUCAACCGUAAGUUUCAGUUCCUGCAGAAAGCCCGAGCCCUGGUGGACCUGUGUGCUGCUCCGGGAGGAUGGUUGCAGGUAGCAUCAAACUUCAUGCCUGUGUCAAGUCUCAUUAUUGGUGUUGACCUGGUGCCCAUCAAGCCCAUUCCUAAUGUGGUGAUGCUGCAAGAAGACAUCACCACAGAGAAAUGCAGACAGGCUAUAAAAAAGCAGCUGCAGACUUGGAAGGUGGAUGUGGUGUUAAACGAUGGAGCUCCGAAUGUGGGAGCCAACUGGUCACAUGACGCCUUCACUCAAGCUCACCUGACGCUCAUGGCUCUGAAACUGGCUUGUGACUAUCUGGUCAAAGGUGGCACUUUCGUCACAAAGGUCUUCCGCUCCAAGGAUUACCAGCCGCUCCUCUGGAUCUUCCAGCAGUUCUUCAAGAAGGUGCAGGCAACCAAGCCGCAGGCAUCCAGGAAUGAGUCUGCUGAGAUCUUUGUCGUCUGUCAGGGUUACCUUGCCCCGGAUAAAAUCGACAGCAAGUUCUUUGACGCCAAAUAUGCGUUUAAGGAGGUGGAGGUGCUGGCCAAAACUGUGAAGGAUCUGAUGCCUGUCAAGAAGCCAAAGGCGGAGGGAUACACGGACGGAGAUCUGACGCUUUACCACAGUUUCACAGUGACCUCUUUUCUCAGAGCUGAGAACCCUAUCGACUUCCUGAGCAAAGCCAGUGAGAUCAGCUUCGAUAACCAAGACCUGGAGUCUCACACAGCCACCAGCAUUGAGAUAAAGGAGUGUUGUAGUGACAUCAAAGUCUUGGGCCGUAAAGAGCUCCGCCUGCUGCUGAGCUGGAGGUCCAAGCUGCGGAAAUUCCUGUCCAAGAAACUGAAGGCGGCCAAAGAGCAAGACCCGGAGCUCAACUUAAGCUCUGAUGAAGAGAAGUGUAAGUCCGACGACGACGAGCCCGAACAGAAGAAAGAGGUGCAGGACGAGGAUGAAAAAGAGGAGGAGGAAUUGGAGAAGAAACUGGCCGAGCUGAAAGCGGAGGAAGUGUCUGACCUCAGACGGAAGAAGAAGAAGCUGCUGAAAGAGCGGAGGAAGGUGAGGGAGAGGGUGGAGCUGAAGAUGGACCUGCCGGGCGUAUCCAUCGCCGACACAGAUGACACAUGCCUGUUCUCUCUCAGCACCAUCAAGAAGCAAAAGGUGUUGACUGAUAUAUCCAAGGGGGACAUGCAGCUGGCGGAUAAUCUACCGGAUGAAGAUGAUGACAUGUACCUGUCUGAGGAUGAAGAAGACGAUGCAGAUCAAAUGUCCCUGGCCUCUGAUUUAGAUGACGAUGACAUGGAGGAGGUGGAGCAGCGACAGAAAGAGCUGGAGAUGAAGGCACCAAAGAAGAAAGUACAGUUUGCUGAGGAAAAGGAGGAUGAAGGGAAGGACAGUGGUCUGCUAGUGGAGCUGGAGGGAAAGGAUGAGAAGAAAGAGCGAGAGACCAGCCUCUGGUUCAGCAAGGGCAUCUUCUCUGAGAUUGAUCUGGAAGGAGACGCACAGAGUGAGCUCCAACACACUGAGCUGCUCCAGAACAAACAGACAGUAAAAGGCCAAAAGAGGAAAGCUGAGGAGGAGGAGGAGGCGGGGGAGGAGGAGGCAGAGGAGGCGGUGUCAGCUGCUGCUCCUGCUGCUCCUGCUGCUCCUCAGCCAGAGGAGGAAAAGGCGGGACCUUCAAAGGAAGCUGAGAAGGAGAGCGACUCAGACGACAGCAGCGAUGAUGAGAAGGAGAUUACCAGGAUGAAGCAGGCGAAGGGUGAUGCUGGGAAGUCAGGAGAGGCCGAUGACGACCUCAAGGUUGUUCCUGUAGAGAGCACCAGUAAGAAAGCCAGGAUCCUGAAUGCUGAAGGCCUGGCCCUCGGCUGUAAGAUCGCUACGUCGAAGAAAACCGCCAGAGACCUGAUGGACGGCUCCUUUCAUAGGUUUGCUAGCUCUGACGAGCCAUGGGAAGUACCCGAGUGGUUUCUGGACGAUGAACGUAAACACCGGAAGAAGCCAAUACCCGUCACUAAAGAGAUGGUGGACGAAUUCAAACAGAAAUGGAAGGAGAUCGAUGCCCGGCCCAUCAAACGAGUGGCUGAAGCCAAGGCCAGGAAGAAGAGGAGGAUGCUGAAAAAGAUGGAGACUGCAAAGAAGAAGGCGGAGGCAGUUGUCAACACAGUGGACAUCACUGAGAGGGAGAAGAUGGCUCAGCUAAAGAGUAUCUACAAGAAAGCAGGCAUCGGGAAGGAAAAGAGAGAAGUCACAUACGUCGUGACCAAAAAGGGAACCGGCAAAAAGGUGAGCCGGCCCCCCGGCGUCAAGGGAGUCUUCAAAGUAGUAGACGGACGAAUGAAGAAAGACCUGCGGGCGACGCAGAGGAAAGCCAAACGCGAUAAAGGGAGCAAAGGAAAAGGGGCAAAACCCAAAGGAAGAAUACCAAAAGGUGGCAGAAAGAAGGGUGGAAAAUAAAUUACAUCGUCCUUGCAGAACUGCCUUUCUAUCUAAGUAGAAGACAUCCCCUAGGCUUGUGUUGCUGGUGAGCAUUUCUGGAGCUUUGUGUUCCACAGUUCACCUCCUGUAUCAUGAAUAGAGGCCAAUUGAUCUUUGGCAUUUGACGUGAUUGCCUUCUUUUCAGGAAAUCUUUGUUGAGGUUCCUUAAAAACCCUGCACACUUGAUCUAUGAUGCGAAGUUGUCCCAGUGCUGAUGUUUUUAGUGAUGUCUUUCUGAAGAUGUAAAUUAUUCGUCCUCAGCUCCUCAAACAGAGCUGAACUGAAGUUUAACUCUACAAUAAAAAUGCGUUCAUUUAAUUAUGUAAAUAUUACAGACACAUCUUUGCAAUAAAUGCUUUUCAGUAUU